AUGAUUAAGCAGAUUCCUACCCCAGUUCAAGUGGUACUCAUGAAGUGGCUGAUGCACUCUGGUGGAACCCUGGCUUUGAGCUUAAAGCAGCUUAAGUCAGCUUUCAUGAUCUCCUCAACGCUGCAGCAAGUGGUGAAAGUGUGGCUACAAGAGUUAUUUAGCAAAAUAAUGCAGGACCUGCUACAACUGUUGUCAAAUGGCUGUUUAAUAGCAUAUUCGUAUGAAGAGCGAGAAAAAUAA